AUGUCCUUUUGCAAGAGAAAUGGGCCACGUCCCGCCCCUAAGGAGCCUGUGAACGAAAUCCCCUUUUGGGUCACGGUAGUCUACAACGAUUGGCCUCUUCCUUUACCACUGUCGUAUCAAGUAUACCCAUCUACUCGCCUUGCAGCCAUAACUCAAAGAUAUGAAAGCAUUAUUGCGAGCUAUAGGAAAGUGGGUGAAAUGGCCUAUUUUGUGGGCCCGGUUUGUUCUGAGAAGGAUCUGAGAUUGUCUUUUAAGAGCAACGGCUUGCUUCCGGAUGUCCCUGGGGGUAUGGUUUUAAUUGGAGCUUAUCAAGUUAUUCCUAGGAAUGUGCAGAAUCAGGGGUUGACUUCUGGUCGAAAGAGAUAA